AACUCACUCGCAGUCUGAACGCGGCUACGAACACACGCGGCUGAAAUCGUAAUUAAUUUAGUUUUCUAUCGCCCGUACUACACAAGACGUGUCGUGUUCCCCAUCAGUGACGAACGAACGAACAGAAUGUCUGCCAAGAACACUCAAAAUGUAGAGACUGGCACGCCGGCGCCCGAGGAGCCUGCCCCAGCCAAGCCGCUGCUCGGUAAGCCGCAUGGCGACACGGGGACCAGCUCGAUCCUCGGCCUGUCGGACGUGACCGACAACAAGCUGAUCUGGCGCCAGCUGCUGGCUGAGCUGAUCGGCACCUUCCUUCUGACUUCCAUCGGUGUGGCGUCCUGCAUCGCCAUCGGUGGCACUGUUGGGAACAUCACCAGCAUCGCGCUUGCCUUCGGUCUGCUGGUCGGCACUAUUGUACAGACGAUCGGACACGUGUCCGGUGGGCACAUCAACCCCGCCGUGACCUUGGGGCUGCUCGCGGCCGGCGAGGUCAAGAUCAUCAAGGCCCUGUUCUACAUAGUGGUGCAGUGCCUGGGCGCCGUCGCUGGUGCUGCCUUCAUCAGGUUGGCCAUCCCUGACGUUGAAGUGAAGGAUGGUGGAUUCGGCAUGACCCUGCCCGGCAAGAACAUCACCGACGGACAGGCGGUUCUCAUCGAGUCUCUCAUCACAUUCGUGCUUGUGCUGGUGGUCAACGGAGUGUGCGACAACCGCCGUAAUGACGUCAAGGGAUCCGCUCCUCUCGCCAUCGGCCUCAGCAUCACCGCCUGCCAUGCUGCCUGCAUCCCGUUCACUGGCUCCAGCAUGAACCCGGCGCGCUCUUUCGGACCCGCCCUCGUCAUGGGAUACUGGGCUAGCCAUUGGGUAUACUGGGUGGGCCCCAUCACCGGCGGUGUAGUCGCUGGCCUGGUCUACAGAUACGUGUUCCGCAUCGGUAAGACAGGAGAGUCUGGUUCCUACGACUUCUAAUCUCAGCACCAAACAGGGCCUGCGUUCAGCGGCCAUCUUUGUCUCGAAAUACGCAUGUUUAACUGAAAAAGCUGAUAUUUGACGUACUAAGAUGACCACGGUACAAAGUUUAAGCUCAGGUGCCGUAGCCGAAUGGCAUUUCUGGGCCAUUUUUUUCAAA